AUGGCCCCUGUGCGACAGAAGGCUUUUGCCCAUAAGGUCCGUUCCGGCUGUGACAGCUGCAAACGAAGACACCUGAAAUGCGACGAGGGCAAGCCAAAAUGCUUGCGUUGCUACAAAGCCGACCUGGAUUGCGUCUACAAUGCUCCCAAACCUCUCAUUUUCGAGCCCAGACGCCGUCCCGACCAGUCGGCACGACCACGUUAUAGGUCAUCUAUGCAGCGAUUGAAUCAGUCCAGCGAACGCCCAACACCUCUUCUCUUUCGACCUAUUCAGAUAUGGAACGACGCCAAGUCGGCCAUGAAUCUCUCGCACUGGACUCGGGUUUCGGGACCCUGGUUCUCACGUUAUUCUCCGCCUUCACAAACCAGUUUCUGGACAGCCCAGAUCCCACGCCUCGCAUAUACGCGUCCUGCAAUUCUAUACCUGGUGAGUGCCAUCGUUGGACUCGAGCAACGCUUUUUCAUCCUCGAUACACACCACCUGACCGCUCGCGCCCGUGAGAUCGUCCACAACUACAAUCGCGGGCUGCAGCAUCUCACAUCCGCUUCCUCGCAGCCAGUCGAUACGUACGUGGCGCCGAUCCUCUGCUGGCUCAUCGAAACCAUGACCAACAACACAAAGACGGGUCGUAUGCAUUUGACUGCGCUACAGCGGCUCCUGGAGGGGUCCCAGACCAGGCCCCGGCAGAGUUACGAUGCCGGCAGCGAAGCCUACGACAUCAUUAUGCACCAGCUCCCCGACCACCUGCGAUACUGCCAGUCCUACAGCGCCACCAGCGCCGCCUGCGGAGGCAUCUUUGAUUCCGUGCCCGUGGCGCUUCCGACCCUCCUGGAGAACCGUGCGAUGCCCUCCCUUCCGCCCCCACCCUUACAAUCUCAUCACUCCCCACAUCUUCACGAGACGCCGACCGCCUCUCCCUCGUUGGACAACCACCAACACCCCAACACAACCCAAAUCCGCGCCCUAAUCAAACACUACCUCCUCACCCUCGACUCCCAAGGCCACACCACCCUCCCCUACCCAACCGCGCUCCGCCACGUCCGCUCCUGGCAACACACCGUCUGGGCGAUGCGCUGGAGAACCUCUCCUACCGUGGCGGCGGCAGGAGCGCCAGGUUUAAAACCAGAAGCAGAAGCAGAACUCACCAUCAGCGCCACCACCUUCUUAAUCGCCACCGUCAGCACCCUUCUCGCGACCCAGCAACGCCAGCAGCAGGGAAAGGAGGAUAGGGAGGAGGAAGAGGAGGAUACAGCAAAAGCAGACCACUCCUACGCCCCCUUCCGCGCCUACACCUACCUCCUCCUGCGCUUCGGCGACCUCCUCGUAUCGAGUUCAAGUUCCGCCUUCGCCCCGACGCCGCCUCAGAGCCCCCAAUCCCAAUCCCAAUAUCAAUCCGCCGCUUCUGCUGGUGGCGAUGCAGACUCCAGCACCGGUCUCAGACCAGCGGACAGAGCCGGCCUGCUUGACGCGGUGGAGACGGCCGUGGGGCUGAUCGUGCGGUUUGCGCGCCUUGACGAUGCUAGAGACUGUGACGAGGAUGCCGAUGGCGAGGAUGACGACUAUGAUAAUGACGACAAGGAGGACGGGGAGGACUAUGAUACUAAUGAUGAGGACGAUGACGGGUACGAGGGACAGGGCAAGGAGAGACAAGCCACCCGAAAGCUCUCCAGGCGCGCCCGCUGGCUUCUGCGUGAGGCGAGGCGGCUGCGGAGGGAAGAUGGAUGCCCGGGCGGAAUCAAUGCCAGACAAUCAUGUAUAUAUUGA